AUGCGCCGUUUCACUAGAAUCAUCGGCGGAGAAGUGUCCGCCUGGCAGAUAAAGAUGGUGUUCCGGAGUGAGGAGAUGUGCUUGGCGCAAUUGUUCCUGCAGUCCGGCUCAGAAUAUGACUGCAUCAGUGAGCUGGGAGAGCUGGGGCUGGUCGAGUUCAGAGAUCUCAACCCGAGCGUCAGCUCAUUCCAGCGCCGCUUUGUCAGCGAAAUUAAGAGAUGCGAGGAGAUGGAGAGGAUUCUGGGCUUCCUUCUGAGGGAGAUCCAGAAGGCUAAAAUAGCCGUUCCGGAGGAGGAUGAGAGUCCUCUUGCUCCUCCACCCAGACAAGUCCUUGAGAUCAUGGAGCAGCUUCAGAGGCUGGAGAUGGAGCUCAGCGAGGUGGCGAAGAACAAAGAAAAGCUUCAGCGAAACCUCCUGGAGCUCACCGAAUACACACACAUGCUGAAGAUCACGCGGAGCUUCAUUCACAGCCGCUCCAGACAUGAGGCUCUUGGUCCCCAGUAUGAAGAAUUCCCCACUAUGGAGACCGACUCGGUUACGGGAUGCACUGGUAUGCAGAGACUUGGCGCGAAGCUUGGGUUUGUUUCGGGACUCAUCCAGCGGGUGAAGGUGGAGGCGUUUGAGCGCAUGCUAUGGAGAGUGUGCAAAGGCUACACCAUCCUCAGCUACGCCGAAGUGGACGAGAGCCUCGCCGAUCUUGACACUGGAGAAAUAAGCAAAAGCGUGGUGUUUCUCAUCUCUUUCUGGGGAGACCAGAUUGGACAGAAAGUCCAGAAAAUCUGCGACUGCUACCACUGCCACCUGUAUCCGCACCCCGAGAAUGACGAGGAGCGAGCGGACGUGCUGGACAGCUUACGCGCGCGGAUCCAAGAUCUUAACAACGUGCUCCAUCGCACUGAGGAUUACCUGAGGCAAGUUCUGCAGAAGGCGGCCGAGUCGGCCUACGCCUGGGUCGUGCAGGUGAAAAAGAUGAAGGCGAUCUAUCACAUCCUCAACCUCUGCAGUUUUGACGUUACCAACAAGUGUCUGAUUGCUGAGGUGUGGUGUCCCGUCAGCGACCUAACGAACCUGAGAGGGGCGCUCGAAGAAGGUUCGAGAAAAGGCGAUGCCACUGUGCCGUCCUUUGUGAACCGCAUCCCAAGCACCGAUACUCCACCUACCCUAUCAAGGUCCAACAAGUUCACUUCUGGGUUUCAGAGCAUUGUGGAGGCUUAUGGGGUGGGGGACUACCGCGAGGUAAGCCCAGCUCCCUAUACCAUCAUCACCUUCCCCUUCCUGUUCGCUGUGAUGUUUGGUGACCUCGGCCAUGGGAUGGUAAUGAGCCUCUUUGCCUUGUGGAUGGUGCUGACGGAGAAAAAGCAGAAGAAGAAACGUUCAAGUAACGAGAUAUGGUUGACGUUUUUCAACGGGCGUUACAUCAUCCUGAUGAUGGGGAUUUUUUCAGUCUACACUGGACUCAUCUACAACGAUUGUUUCUCCAAGUCUCUGAAUAUAUUUGGCUCUGCGUGGAGCGUGAAGGCUAUGUUUACGAAUCAGCAGUGGACAAACAAAACCCUCCAAACAAACGCUUUGCUCACAUUGGACCCAAAUGUGAGCGGAGUAUUCAGUGGACCCUACCCAUUUGGUAUUGACCCUAUAUGGAACAUGGCAGUGAACCGCCUCUCCUUCCUCAACUCAUAUAAGAUGAAAAUGUCAGUUGUCAUUGGGGUCAUUCACAUGAGCUUUGGAGUGGUGCUGAGCGUCUUCAACCACUUGCACUUCCAACAGAAAUUCAGUGUUUAUCUGCUCUUCCUUCCCGAGCUUCUUUUCCUGCUUUGUCUCUUUGGCUACCUGGUCUUCAUGAUUCUCUACAAGUGGUUGGCAUUUGGUGUACGGGACUCCAGUAAGGCUCCCAGCAUCCUCAUCCAUUUUAUCAACAUGUUUGUCAUGCAGGGGAAGGAUAUCGCUCCUCUGUUCCCGGGACAGACCGGGCUGCAGAUAUUCCUCCUUGUGAUAGCUAUGCUGUCCGUUCCCGUGCUGCUCUUAGGGAAACCUCUUUACUUGUAUUGGCUGUACCGUGGAGGGAAGGGCCUGCGUAGGCGCAGAGGUUACGAGAGGGUGAGGCGUGUAAGCGAGGAUGACAACUCCGUCACACCGUCCUACGAAGACGAUGAGGAGGAAGGACUCGAUGAACCAACCGGCAGAGAAGUUAUUCCCAAACAGUUUGACUUUUCCGAUGUGCUGCUGCACCAGGCCAUCCACACCAUAGAGUACUGCCUGGGCUGCAUUUCCAACACCGCAUCCUACCUGCGUCUCUGGGCGCUCAGCUUGGCACAUGCCCAGCUCUCAGAGGUGCUCUGGACCAUGGUUAUGCGUCUUGGCUUUAAGAUCACCACAAAAGUUGGCGUGGUGUUUUUAGUCCCCGUGUUCGGCCUCUUUGCCACACUCACCGUGUCCAUCCUGUUGGUCAUGGAAGGCUUGUCAGCGUUCCUUCACGCUCUCCGACUUCACUGGGUUGAGUUUCAGAACAAAUUCUACCACGGGACCGGUGUCAAGUUUGCUCCCUUCGACUUCUCCCUUCUUCCCUCCAUUUUCGAGCAAGAUGGCUUGUUGUGA